UCGAUAUAAAUGUCAAAACUAACGGACACCGUUAGUUGUAUUAGAUUUUUCUUUAGUAUUUGAGCUUAUUGAUCAAACAACGAGAUAGUUUAAAAUGGUUAGUCGAAUUGAAAGAAACAUCGUCAAAGAAAUUUUGAGAGACUGUCGUCCCAAAAACAUACAACCCAAUGAAAAUUUCGUCAUGUACGUGGUGAAAUUAUUUCUCCUCGAUCCAAAUUGGGGCAUUACUGAAAAUCUCCUAACAAGCAGGGCAAAUGUACAGACGUUCGUCAAAUACAUGAUCAAUCAAUUGGGCUCGAAAGAUUCCGUGGAUAUGAUGACGUUGAAAAUGCAAUUUUACUAUAUGUGGAGUACAGAACAUAUACAGGAUGUACUUACUAAUAACACAUCAUCCUUGCUCGCUAAAUUGAGUCCUAUCAAAGAUCAAAUUUGUUUAAUCAGGAGAAUAUCCACCGAAGAAGAUAUGGAUAAUUUAAGAAGACUAAUCGUGGUUUAUAUUGUGUUUCUUUCUGGUUUAGGAAAUGCCAUGAGAGACGAGGUAUUUUUAGAAGGACUGACUGCGAUGAAAAGCGUGAUGACCGAAGAAGAAUUGAGGGAAUUUUGCACGAUAGGAAAAGAUCAAAAGGAAACACAAUUGAAAGAACUGAGUAAAAUUGUUUGCGGGAUAAGACUUUUUAAUAAAUACUGUGAUAAAGGAGGAGUUGGCAUUCCUGAUCUGGCUGAAAUAUUUAAAUCAGCAGUGAAAAUUGUGAGGGAUGAAAUGGAUCUUAUAUUGCUGAAAGUAUUAGCUAAAGUUGAAUAUUUAACAAAACUCUUUGAAAAAUAUUAUGCCAUGAGAAAGUACGGUCCUCUUUAUUUUAUGGAAAGCGUCUUUCCAUCUCACGUGGAGAAGGGGUACAUUGAAUUUUGUAAGGAUCAACUCAUACAUUAUCGCCAAUACGAAGUGAUCAUUAGAUUUACAGAUAAUUCUGUUUUCAGAAAAAAUAUAGAAUCUGCCGAAGCAUUAAUAAACAAAGUUACUGAAAUAGAAGAAAAUAUAAAUACUCUCAUGGAGCAUAUAUUUACUAUAGUUAGUACAAGAUUAGCAGUGCCCGUAAAAAUAAUUUUUCCGCUUUUUAAUCGAUUAUCAGAUUUGUGGACAGAUCUUCAACAUCAAAUGAUAUUAUUAACUAGACAUAGCAACAUCAUGUCUAAUUUGGAUACAUACUCAAAAAUGUUAUCAUUCAACCAUGCGUUAAUUGAAGACCUGCUACGUGAGGAAUAUGUUUUAGAGAACAUUUAUAUAGUAGAGACUGUUGACUGCUGUCUUAUAAAGUAUAAAGAUUUGAUUGACAUAGUCGAUUUGGAUGAUUAUGAAAAUGUUCAUUUGGAGUAUUUGGGAUUUUGUUGUUAUAAGUUAGUUGAGUCGAAUGGUGCUCUUAUACCUGGAAUUACAGACAUAGGCGUUGCUGUUUAUAAUGGAAAAUUUUAUGCCUUUUCUUCGGCAGAAGCGUACCAUUGUUUUAAAUUGAAGCCACAAGAAUAUAUAAAUCGUGUUUUAUAUUUGGCAAGAAAAAAACCGCAGCUAAUUCACUUUCUCAUGUUGGACAAAGAGUUAUUAUCUGUUAGCAACGUGAAAAAAUUGGUAGGAGAGAAACUAUACGUUAAAAAAUCUACCUCUGUGAAGGUUCAAACAGAAAAUCGUUAUGUUGUACCACCAUCAAAAGACGUUUCUUAUAAAUGGAAUGUUUGGGAUCUUAAAAGAGAGGUCAUUCUUAUGAGUAAUCUCUUGAAUUGUAAGACGGUUUCAACUCAAACUGUCAAAUCUCACAGUACGAACGCUUUAAGUAGUCAAACAGUGUUACAAAAAUGUGAAGAAACCCAAACUACUAUUGACAAAUAUACUUCGGUACCAACACCAUCGAAUUUCAUAUUCGGUCUUCGAGGUAGAAAAGAUGACAAGCAAUUUGUUUUGGAGCUCACACGACCUGUAGCUGAAUGAAGAUCUUAAUUUCUAUAGCAAAAACAUCGAUUUUUCCUGAAAUAUAAAAAAAUCUAAUGUAUAAAUUUUAAUCCAUUAUGGAAGAUUGUAGGAGAAUUAGGUGACAAUAAAAGUCGUCUUUAAUUUUUUACCAAUAGCUUUCACAAUUUAUCCAUUUUGGAAAGUAAAGUAUAAUUAUUUAUUAACAGCAACGAAAAUUAUAUUGUUAACUUCUCAAAAAGUAUAUUUUUGUUUUUUUAACCAUCACCAUAGUGCAGAAAAAUGAAGUUAUAGUAUCAUUUAUAUUUAGAAUAGGAUUUUUUGUACACUUUUUAGGAAAAGAAUCAAAUUUAAUAAAGGUGUUUAGUUUUCAAGAAAA